AUGGCGGAGGGCAUGCAAAGUUCAGAGGCUAUCGUGUCAGAUGUCCACAAGAAAAUUAAAGCGGCUUUUGAAGCGUUUGACUACGAGUCUAACAACACAGUGGAUGUCGGGGAGAUUGGCACCAUCAUCUAUUCACUGGGUUGCUUCCCUACUCAAGCAGACCUACGUGACCUAAUAGCUGAGGUUCAAGACGACCAUGCAGGAUAUAUCCAUUUGGACAAGUUCCUCCCAGUCAUGACCAAAAUGCUGCUGGAGCACAAGUUCCCUCCCAUCCCUGAGGACGUUCUGCUUCAGGCCUUUGAGGUUUUGGACAAAGACAAGAAAGGGUACCUGGAGCCUGAGGAGCUAACAAAGUACAUGACACAGGAAGGUGAGCUCUUCACUCAAGAGGAGAUGGAUGAGAUGCUGACAGCACUCGCUGACAACGAGAAGAGCCUCAUCUAUUACAGAGACUUAAUCAGCCAGCUGACUAUCGACCCCGACGUGUAG